GUAUUUUUCAUUUUUUUUUCUUCAAUGCAUCUUUCUAGGACAAAAAAUAAUAUCCAAAGAUAUUUUGGCACUAACAGUGUGAUUUAUGGCAAGAAAGAUGAGCAGUCUAUUCCAACCCAGGAGAUUUCCAAGGAGACAGAGAGCCAAGACAGUGUAAAGGAGAAUAGGAACAAAGACUUGUCACAUAUUAUUAAGGGCGUGAAAGUUGAAUUAAGCACAGUAAAUGUACAAACAGCAAAGCCGCCCAGCAGAAGACAACUGAAAAGUUUGGAGGCCACAGUUGGCAGGCCUCAGAGAGCUCCAGGAGGUGCCCCAAAGGAGAGAAGCGAGUCCCUGAGUCCUGAGUUGGUGGCCGCUGCAUCUGCUGUUGCAGAUUCUCUCCCUUUUGACAAGCAGACAACCAAGUCGGAGCUGCUCAGGCAGCUCCAGCAGCACUGGGAAGACUCAAGGGCACAGAAAGAUGGAGAAAGAACUAAAAUUAGGUAA